AUGGAACAGGCUGAUAUACCCUUCCUUUCAGCAACGCAAUUGGCCUCCUUGAUCGAGGCACGGCAGGUCUCACCGGAGGAGGCUCUGCAUGCUUACUUGGACCGCAUCGAACAAGUCGGUCCCAAAGUCAAUGCCUACAUAACCGUAUGCGCCGAUGAGGCCGUGCAGCAGGCCCGCCAAGCCGGGCAGGAAAUACAACAGGGCCGGUACCGCGGCCCCCUGCAUGGGAUUCCCGUUGCCGUAAAGGACCAAGUCCACACGACGGGUAUUCUAACCACCGACGCCUCUAAGAUAAGAGCGGACUUCAUCCCGACCGAAGACGCAACCGUCGUAGCCAAGUUGAAGGAAGCCGGCGCGGUCAUAAUCGGAAAGACCAACAUGAGCGAGUUCGCCAUAGGUGAUUCGUUCAGUUCCUUCAAAGGCCCGGCGCGCAACCCUUGGGACCUGUCGCGCGACCCCGGCACCUCCAGCACCGGAUCGGGCGCGGCCACUGCCGCCCGGCUGUGCGCCACGUCUCUGGGAGAGGACACCGGAGGGUCGAUUCGCGGCCCGGCAUCCCUCUGCGGGCUGGUGGGGCUGCGUCCUACUUGGGGCCGGGUCAGCCGAUUCGGGGCCGACGGGGCCUGCUGGUCCAUCGACACCAUUGGUCCUAUAUCCCGCACUGUGGAGGACUGCGCGGCCACCAUUGGGGCCAUCGCGGGUUACGAUCCCAAGGACCCCUACACCCGGCAAGUACCGGUGCCCGAUUACCGGCAAGCCCUGACCGGGGACAUAAGGGGGUUGAAGGUUGGUUUGGUACAGGAUUAUCUGGAUCCGGAAAAGUCCGGCGUGGACCCGCGAGUGCGAGACGCCGUAAUCGCGGCGGCCGGGGUGUUAAGCGAGUUGGGCGCCGACGUGCGGGAUGUUUCACUGCCUUUAAGCGUCAAUUGCGGGGUUGCCAUCCGGACCAUUACUCACGUAGACAGGGUGAGCCUGCACCCGGAAUGGCUUAGGGAGAGGCCUCAGGACUACCACCACAACACACGGGUGUCCUUCUCAACCGCGAACCUGAUCCCGGCCCCGGUGUAUUACAAAGCCCAGAAGGUACGGGCCAUGGUUCGCCGGGAGGUACUGGGCGCACUGGAGGACGUGGACGUGCUAAUCCAGCCGACAUCCGCCGCACCGGCGGGGGUUAUGUCGAUGGACGGCACCGUAGCCAGUAAGCAGCAGGCAAAGCAGGCCCUGCACAGGGGCGGUUACACCGGUCCCUACAGCCUGACGGGCACGACCGCCAUGUCGAUACUGUGCGGGUUCAGUUCGGAAGGCGACGGAGGCCUCCCUCUGGCGCUGCAAAUUGCGGGGCGGCCUUUCGAUGAAGCCACUGUCCUACGCGUUGGGCACGCCUAUGAACAAGCCACCCCUUGGCACAAUCGUCUUCCGCCGAUUUAG